GGUGCCCCCCCAGUAUGCCUGGGGAGUCGGCGGCACCCCCAUGGCGCUCACCCGGCGGGGGGGCUCAGCUUCGAGGCACCCCAGGGUACAACCUUUGGGGUACCCGGCGUGCGGGGACCCCGCGACCCCCGGGCUGCUCGGUGCCACCCUAUGCUCCCCGCACCGCUGUGUGCGUGCCAUAGGGUAUCCGGUGGCACCCUAGGCUGCACGGCUUCUGCGUGGGGGGUGCCUCACCAUCCCCGGUGCCAUCCCAGGACCCCCAUCCCGGCGUACCCCGUGAAGGUAUCCGAUGCAUCUCCAGGACCCACGGCCUCGGCGUGGGGGGGAGCCCGGGGACCCCUGGCGCUACCUCAGGACGCCACCCCAUGCUGUAGCUGCCCACGGGGCCUGGCGGCCCUGCUGCUGGCAGCGCUGGCGUGGGUGCCUGGUGGGGCACCCACCUGCCCCGCGCUCUGCACCUGCUACGUCUCGCCGCCCACCGUCAGCUGCCAGGCCAACAACUUCUCCUCGGUGCCCGCGGGGCUCCCGCCCGGUGCCCGCCGCCUCUUCCUGCAGAACAACAUCAUCAGGGCGCUGCGGGCGGGCACCUUCGGGCCCAGCACCGUCACCCUCUGGCUCUACUCCAACAACAUCUCCUCCAUCCAGCCGGGCACCUUCCGCCACCUGCCCGCCCUGGAGGAGCUGGACCUGGGCGACAACCCUCACCUGCGCGCCCUGGCCCCUGACACCUUCCAUGGGCUCCGGCGCCUCCAGGCCCUGCACCUCUACCGGUGCCAGCUGGCCAGCCUGCCCAGUGGCAUCUUCCGUGGCCUCUACAGCCUCCAGUACCUCUACCUGCAGGAGAACGGGCUGCUCUACCUCCAGGACGAUCUCUUUGCUGACCUGGCCAACCUGAGCCACCUCUUCCUCCACGGCAAUCGGCUGCGGGUGCUGUCUGCGGGCGUCUUCCGGGGGCUGCCCAGCCUGGACCGGCUGCUGCUGCACGCCAACCGCCUGGCCACCAUCCACCGCCACGCGUUCCGGGGGCUGGCACGGCUCACCAUCCUCUACCUGUUCAACAACAGCCUGGUGGCCCUGCCGGGGGACCCUCUGGCCGCCCUGCCUGCCCUCCAGUUCCUGCGCCUCAAUGCCAACCCCUGGGCCUGCGACUGCCGGGCACAGCCGCUCUGGGCAUGGUUCCGCCGCACCCGUGUCUCCAGCUCGCCGGUGCUCUGUGCCACCCCCCCGCACCGUCGUGGCACUGACCUGCGGCAACUUCGGCCCCCGGACUUCGACGGCUGUCCCGACGAGGAUGAGGAGGAAGCUGGCGGCGGUGGGGUGGCGGUGAUGGGCACUCCCGGGCGGGCACUGGGUCGUCCGGGCACCCUCCCGGCCGCUCCGCCCUCCGCCUUCUACCGCGACGGCCUCCCCCCCCAUGACCUGCGGGGAUCCCAGCCCCGGCCGCCUCCCCCGUCCCGAGACUCCCGCGGCCCUCCCGAGGACACCCAGUGCCCCCAGGACCCCUGCACCCCUCCGGCCGCCGCAGCCCCCUGCCAGCCUCCCACCCUCCUGCCCCUCCUCACCCUGCUCCUGCUCUGGCUCUGAGCCACCUCCUGGCACCCACGGGGUGCCCAUGCCCCCCUUCCCCAGGGAGGGCCCAGAACUGCGGGGAGCGGCGGGGGGACGAUGCAGGGGUGCGUGUGUCACCACCCACCCACCCCCCAUCCUGAGCGGGUAAAGCCCCCAACAGGAACCGAAAGGUGGGAAAUUAUUUAUUAAAAAUGGUCUUAUUUUG